AUGUCAAAUUUGACAAAGCUGGAAUUCGUGACCCUGGAUAUUUCUGGCAAAAAUUAUUUAUCAUGGAUUCUGGAUGUUCAGAUCCAUUUGGAUGCCAUGGGCCUUGGAGACACAAUUAAAGAAAAGAAUGAUGCACCAUUGCAAGAUAAAGCAAAUGCCAUGAUUUUUCUCCGGCGCCAUCUUAGUGAGGAACUGAAAAAUGAAUACCUCACUGAAAAAGAUCCACUUUGUUUGUGGAACAAUUUGAAAGACAGAUAUGAUCAUCAAAAAACAGUUAUCCUCCCAAAGGCCAGGGCUGAUUGGCUGCAACUGAGGUUGCAAGAUUUCAAAACUGUGGCUGAAUAUAACUCUGCCCUAUUCAAAAUCAGCUCUACAUUGAAAUUAUGUGGUGAUACUGUUACUGAUGAACUUCUGCUAGAAAAAACAUUCACCACAUUUCACGCCUCGAAUGUACUCUUGCAACAACAAUAUCGAGAGCGGCAUUGGCAAAAUAUUUGUCGUACACCGAAGCAUCUGGCUGAUCUGUAUCAAGCCUCAAUAAAAGAAAAAGGAAAACAAAAGGAAAUGAAUUUCCUUGAUCAUGAUGAGCAAAUUGACACCACAAAUCUGGAAAUGAAUUUCAUUAAUCAUGAUGAGCCAGUUAACAUCACCAAUCUGGAUGUAUCAGAUUUUUUUGAUGAUCGUGAUGAAAUGAUAGACUUCCUGAUUGGUGAUGGAAAUGUCCACACCAGUUAA